AUGUCACGAAAGGCAGCUUUGGCACGAUGUGUACAAAAAAGCUACGAGUGGGAAACACGCACGGACACGACGUUGAGUGGCGUAUUCGGGUCUGAAGGACAGGAGCUGGACGAGUUUCUCGACACUGUUCCCGACGAGUAUCAUUCAGAGAGGACCCGGCCAUUGCUGCAAAAGCUGACUCGCCAAUGUGAAGCUCUCAAAACGGCUAAGCCGAUGCCGAAAAAGCAUGGCGAUGACUUUGGGUUCUCGGACGAAGAGGAAGAUGAGGGGGGGUCAGCCGAGGCGACGCCCUUGAGGGAAGACGACCCUUUGACCGCUCUCCAGAAACGUUAUGUGGGUCUCGAAAAGGCACUGAGGCAUAUUGAAGGCAUUGACAAGGAAGAUGUUGGUACAUUGUCGUUUCUGUUUGCCGGCAAGGCCGUGGAAGACAGCAUUAACAACAACAUUUCGCUGGAAAAUGCGCUUGAGAAGGAGGCCAAACAACUUAGGAAAAGCAUCCGUGCUGAAAGGAAUCUCAAACAGGAACAUAAAAAACUGACAGAAAUGCUUCAGGCCAAGUUGAGGGAGACGCGUGAAAGAAGUCGCAAAGGCCCCAACUACGAGAAGGAGCUUCUUCAGGCUCAGUUGAAAGAACAGAGUCAGUUGUCAGGAAACGAUAUCUCCAGUGGUCUGAGGUUCAUCAAGGGAACAUUGGCACGUCUCAUUGCCGACUCGUAUCUCAAGAAGAGUACGAAAAUCACGGAGGGCGAGUACGAGGAUCUGGUAGACAUUUACGGAGACAGAAUCAAGAUGCUGAUCGAUGAUCUGUUUUACGCUAAUCUGGUGGCAGAUGAAGAGUCGCUGGCUCCAGACGACGAGAAACGGUACAUUGAGUAUCACAAGGAGGACAUUCCUAUCGUUCAAUUCUUUCUGACGUCGAAUUUUGUGGUUCCGUACCCCAAAGACGGAUUCAAAAUCAAGCUGAAGAUGCAGCUGGAGUUGUAA